GGAACAAUUGAAGCUUGAACUCAAACCCAAGUUGCGAGGCCUAGCCUCUUUUCACAUCACAUGUUCCUCACGACACAACCUCAAAUAGCACACGCCUAUUGCGGCGCAUGACUUUGCAGGGAUAUAUGCCGGCUCGACGUGAUGGGCCAUCAUGAGUCUUGCCAGCCGCUGCCUCCGCCCCCUUCGGCAGCCUAGUCCCAGAACCUUGGCCUCGGUUCUGGCACAACGCCCGUGGUCGCCAACCACACCAUCGUCGUCGACAGCCCGCGUCUUUGCGACACAUGGACAGCGGCGGUCCCUGCACAUCUCGCCACUCGUCGCCUCGGUCUUGGAGACCAGCCAGUCCAUGAUCGUAGGGCUUCACAAUGUCACAGGCACGCCGUGGUAUCUCACCAUCCCCCUUGUCGCCCUCAGCGUGACCGCCGUCUUUCGAUUGCCCUUCACUCUGCACAACCAGAAACUCCUCCAAUGGAGAACGCGGUACACGCCCGUCAUCCAGGCCUGGGGCCCGACCAUCAUGCGCCGCGUGAUCAACGACGGCAUCGCUCUGCCGCAGCAAGGCAAGGCUAUCCAGGCGCGCACCAAAGCAGCAACCAAGUAUCUUUGGAAGAAGGCGGGCCUCCAGCAGUGGAAGCUCUACGCCGGUUUCAUCAGCAUGCCGUUCUGGCUCGUUGCCAUUGACAGCAUUCGCCGCCUCUGUGGCGGGCCCAGAGGUCUUCUUGGCUCGUUCAUCCUUCCUCGGCCCGAGGAGCCAGCGCCGCCAGCAUCGACACCAAGCGCCAGUGAUUCCUUGCACACAUCCGCCCGCGACAUGGUUGGAAAUGUCGACACAGAUGCUGCCAGCGAAGUCGUGGUGGACGCGGCCAGAUCGAUCGCCGAGCCGAGCCUGAUGACUGAAGGCGCCCUAUGGUUUCAAGACCUCACCGUGGCGGAUCCCUACGGCAUUUUACCUGCAGCUCUAUCGUUCGUCUUGCUCAUGAAUAUAAUCCCGCGAAACAACGCGCGGGCUCGGGAGCUCUUCGGACUGCAACCGGCGCACGCACCACUAGUCCCGUCCAAAGAUGGAGCAGGAGGAGCACCGCCUGCCCCGCCACAGUAUUCCCGGCUACAACGGGGCUUUGGCAGGUCAAUGAUCAUCAUCUCGGCACUCGUCGGGCCGCUGACGAUGGACCUGCCCGCCGCGAUCCAUCUCUACUGGCUCACCUCCGCCUGUGCCAGCGGUGCGGCGACGCGGAUUGCUGCUUGGCGAUAUCCUCUGGAGACGAAGAUCGUGCGGCCAUGUAAAGGCGCCGAGUUGCCCAUCGUGCGGCCACGGGAUGGACCUAAGGGUCCUGUCAAGACAAUCGAGUAGAUAUCACCUUGGAUUGGCGGGGGU